GCGCCUCAAAAUACAUAAAGGGUCAUAAUCUUUAUUCUCUUUAAGGGUUUAAUGUGAAAAGCAUGCUAUCUAAUUUAAGAAACAUUAGUCUUGCUGUUAAUAGAAAUACCACCAAUACUUUGGAUUAAUUUACAGUGGAGACAAGGGGCAUAUAGGAGUGGAUAGCGAUCCAAGCCGCAUAGGCUAAUAACCACGAAAGGUAUUAAACUUGCAUGUGUAUAUAUGGAUAUAGAUGAGUGGGGCAGCUAUAUAUUCGAGACGUCCAAAUGAGCUCACGUUCCCGAUAACGAAUGGCGAGGCUACUUUUAUUCUUUUGACAGAUCUAAAUCUACCAUACGCCUGGUCGUCAGUAUAUGUACAGCAGGAAUUCCACGAGGUACGCCUAUGUACUUUCGCAGCCUAGCGGAUUUUAUAGCCCACGGGCAUUCGCCUGCGUUUCACUCCUUUAUACCAAGGGGAAUACAAUCACACGGCUGUGCUGCAUGGGGCGGUUUCGC